ACCAAUCACCAUUUCUUUAUUUAUUUAUGUUCGUAAAUUUUUGGUUGCCUGGAUUUUUGUUGUUGCGCCAAAUUAAGAAUAACAAUUGACGCGCGCCCCCACCCGUUGCCCGCGUGCAGCACAAGUGAACAAUAUAGCGAUCGAAAUUGAGUGUAGUGUGCCGCAUGCGAAAAUAAAAGAAAAGCAUUGCAACGUUGCGUCGUUGUCGUCCGUCGGGCGUCGAACAAAGCAGAGAAGCAGCAGCAGCGACUGCAGCAAAAGUGAAAACGGCGCCAUUUUAAGAAGCAAAACAAGCCACAAGCCAGGGGCAAACAAAAAACUGCAAAUGCAAUGAAUAAAGCACUAAUUCGGUUAUUCAUUGACUCUUUACACUUGAACUAAAGCCGCAGGUGAAGUGCUAGCGAGAAAAUCACAAAGCCUUCUACGCGACACCAAAAUAUGAGCAGUGGCCAAAAUGAGACAUCAGCAUCAGCAGCAAAGGUUUUGGAAACGCAACGUACACAAGAAUCCGGCAGUGAAAAUGAGGAAACUGAUUCCAUUACGGAUCAAUCGAGCCAAUCGAAGUCUGCGAAAUCAGCCACACAGUUUAGUGUCGUGCAACGUUCGGACACUGAUGGACUGCGCAUGAGAAUCUCAGCCAUUCGCCCCCUGCUACCCAGCAUAAUUUGCAAGAAUCCCUUAAAGUCUAGAAAGAUGUCCACCCAGGACACGGAGUCCGGCUGCUCAGAGGCUAAAAAUAAAGCAGCUAGCAAAAAAAUCAAAGUGAAGCGCAAGAAAAUUGCCAGCGGCAGCAGCGGCAACCACAACAGCAAAACCGAAAGCCACGCAGCAAAGACAAAGAAACGGAUGCAGUCCGCCUUCUCCUCGGACUCUGAGGAUGAUUUGCCGCUGAAGGUGCACCAACAACGUGCCCCCCGACUCCUGCUGACGGCCAUCAGCCAGGCAGCGCAGUCCGCGAGCAAACCCCUCGACAUUGGCAUCUCCUCGAGCGACAAUGAUCUGCCCAAUCUGGUGCAGGCGGCCAUCAAGCGCGUGGAGAGCGACACCGAGGACACCACCGUCGAGGGCAGCUUUCGCAAGGCUGCCAAAUCGAAGAAUCUGCCCCAAUACCAGUCCACAUUGCUGCAGGACUUCAUGGAGAAGACCCAGAUGCUGGGCCAAACGGGCAACUCCAAGCUGACGGAGAAGCAGCUCCCGAAAGCGAAGGAGGAAACCCAACUGCUGGCGAAUGUGCCGCGCAAACGUCGCGGCAGGCCCAAGAAAACGCCCGUAGUGGUGCCGCCAUCUCGAAGCUCGGGUCCGGCCAUCAACGAAUCGGCUGACUCGGGCGUCAUAAGCACCACCAGCACCACACAGAGCACCACGCCCUCGCCCAAAAUGCAAACAGAGAACAUUGUGCCCUCGGGCACUGCGGGAGCUCCAGCCGCUGCGACCAGCAACAAGCCUAAGAUCGAUAUGGCCUACCUGGACAAGCGAAUGUACGCGACGGAGCGAGUCCUGUAUCCCUCGCCCAGGAACAAGCGGCGGCAGAACAACAAGAAGACCAGCUCCAGCACGAACAAGGAAGAGCUGCAGCUGGACCCUCUGUGGCGGGAGAUCGAUGUGAACAAAAAGUUCAGGCUGCGCAGCGUGAGUGUCGGAGCGGGUGCGGCCAGUGGAGCGGGCGGUGCCAGCACCACAAUAUGCAGCAAGAUUCUGGCAGCCAAGAGCGGCUAUGUCUCGGACUACGGCAGUGUGCGGCACCAGAGGAGCUCGCACAACCACAACUCGGGCUACAAGUCAGAUGCCAGCUGCAAGAGUCGCUACAGCACCAAGAGCUGCAUGAGUCGCCGCAGUCGGGCCAAGAGCUGUGGCUAUCGCAGCGACUGCAAGGAGUCGGGCAAGUCUGGCAUGCGGAUGAGACGCAAGCGUAGAGCCUCGAUGCUGCUGAAGAGUGGAGCGGCACAGGAGGACCCCACCGAAGAUCAGGACAUACUGCUGCUGGCCGGCCUCUCGCUGGGCCAGAGCAGCGAGGAGAGCAACGAAUACAUCAGCAAGCCCAGUCUCCAGAGUCUGCCCACGACGAGUGCCAGCAAGAAGUAUGGCGAAAUCAAUCGAUAUGUGACCACGGGACAGUAUUUCGGUCGUGGCGGCGGCACGGGCAGCACCAGCGGCAGCCUGGCCGCGACCAAUCCGGAGAACUUUAUCAGCAAAAUGAUGAAUCAACGGAAGGAAACCCCUGCACCCAGCAAGUCCUCCUGCAAGAUCAAGUCCAGACGCUCCUCGGCGGCGUCAAUGUGCAGCAGCUAUGUCUCGGGAGUGUCGCGCGUGCGUCGCCGGCAUCGACGUAAGAGUUUCAGCCACAGCAAGUCGCUGAACAUUGACUCCAAGCUGCUCACUGAGAUCGAGAUCAUCACCAGCACCUUCCACUCUCGCUGUCGCAUUCAGGAUGAUCGCCUCACUGGCAGCAGCGGCAAGGAGAAGCUGCUUGCCGAGGCCACCAAGCUGCAGGCCACACUGGCGGCACCCAAUGCCGCGGCACAGCAAUUGAUUCUCAAUGGAGGAGGAGCAGGCUCGGGAUCGUCCACUGCCGCUGGGCUCUCCAAGCCCCUCAAGCGGGCCCAAAAGAAGCGCAAGCUGAGCGAGCCCUUGGUGGACUUUGCCAUGCUCUCGGCUAGCGCCAGUGCGAGCGCUGGCGGAACCCCCAAUGGCAGUGGCAGCAGCAAUGGCACAGCCAAGCGGCGCCACAAGAAGUCGCAAAGCAACUCCAGCUCCAGCCCCGACGAUCACAAGUUGCCGCUUAAGAAGCGCCACUAUCUGCUCACGCCCGGCGAGCGUCCCCUGGCCGAGGCGGCCUUUGCCAAUGGCAAACUCAAUGCCGAGGCCUGGGCGGCAGCUGCUGCGACGGCCAAGAGCACGGCCUCCACCAAGUCGCAGGCGCAGUUCAAUGCCAAGAGUGGCAAGUCCGCUCUGACGCCCAAGAAGCGGCACCUGCUGGAGCAACCCUCGGCGGCAGGCGUUGCGGCGGCUGCCUCCUCGGCCAGCAACUCUCCGCUGCGGAUUGUGGUGGACAACAAUUCGAUCAGUGGCGGCAAGCUGCUGGACAUCAGUCCCAGUUCUCUGUGCUCCCUCAAGCAGCAGCGGCGCGGAGGUGCAGCCAAGCAGCAGAAGGUGCCACACUCCGCGAGAGACUUGAUCCAGCUGCAAUCACCAUCCGGAAGCUACCCCCCACCGGGCAUAUUCGAGCCAUCGGUGGAGCUGGAAAUACAGAUUCCCAUGGGCAAGCUGAACGAAUCUGUCAUAACCAAGACCGAGGCGGAGUCGCCGCUGCUCUCGGCCCUGGACAUCAAAGAGGAUACCAAAAAGGAAAUCGGUCAGCGGGUGGUGGAGACGCUGCUCCACAAGACCGGCGGCAAUCUGAUGCUCAAGCGGAAGCGCAAGAAGAUCAACCGCACAGGAUUUCCCACAGUGAAAAAGAAGAAAAGGAAAGUCAGCGUCGAGCAGCAACCUCAACCGCAGCAGCAGCAGCAACAGCCAGCAGUCGUGAUGGAUGAUCUUCCCUUGAGUAUGCAUGCGAUGCAGCAGGCAGACGAGGAGCCACUGCAGCCCAUUCGGGAGACGAGGAGCUCCAGCAGUGCUCAAAUCCCAGCCAAUCCCCUGUUGGACUGUGAGCGUGUGCCGCUAACAGGAGAGGCCAGGGAGACCUUUGUUGCCAGGAGCAAUCAGAGGGCACCUCGCCUCUCCGUCGUAGCUCUAGAGCGUCUUCAGCGUCCACAGACACCAGCGCCCAGGGGCAGACCGCGAGGAAGAAAACCCAAAGACAAGGAGGCGCUCCCUGUGGUGGUUGUUCCUCCUCCCCUACCCGCCCUGGAAGAGAAGCCGCCGGCCAAGAAGCGUGGACGCCAGCCCAAGCCAAAAUUGGAAGUGGAAAAGCCCGCUGCAGCGGCGCCACAGGUGAAGCAACCACAGCAGCCGCUGAACAACAUCAAGCUACCGGCAGGCGUUGGCCUGAAGAGCUGUCAGAUUCGCUUGAAGCGAAGGAAGAAUCUGCAGGCCAGCAUCGUGGACCCACCACAGCCAGUUCUGCCAGUGCCCGUGCCAGUUCCUGUGCCCGUGGAGGUUGUUUCCCUCUUGGAAAUGCAUGCCACGCAGGAGGAAAUCGAUGCUGCGGCAGAGGCCAAGCGCUUGGAGGGCAUCCCCAUUGAACAUGAUCCUCUGCCCAUCAGCGAAUCGCUUCAUCCCCAACCGCCCGACAAUGCCAGCUUGAGUGAUGCCAGCGAGGACAAGGCCUCGACUGCCUCAACGGCUUCUGUUUCUGCCUCUGCCGCCCAGCGCAAGUUUUCAAAGGUGAAGAAGAACUAUCUGGUGGCUGGAUUGUUCUCCAAUUAUUACAAACAGUCGCCGAUGCCGCCGCCCGUGAACAAAGUGAACAAGAAGCCGGGAGCAGGAGGACUGGAGGAGCAGCAUGUCACGCCGGGUGGCAGCCUGCUGCCGCCACCGCCCUACUGCGAGAAGUAUCUGCGACAAACGGAAAUGGACUUUGAACUGCCGUACGACAUUUGGUGGGCGUACACCAACGAUAAGCUGCCCACGCGGCACAUUGUGCCCUCGUGGAACUAUCGCAAGAUCCGCACCAAUGUCUAUGCGGAGUCAGUGCGCCCGAAUCUGGCAGGGUUCGAUCAUCCCACCUGCAACUGCAAGAACCAGGGGGAGAAGGCCUGCCAGGACAACUGUCUGAAUCGCAUGGUCUACACUGAGUGCUCGCCCAGCAAUUGCCCGGCGGCGGAGAAGUGCAGGAACCAGAAGAUCCAACGCCAUGAGGUGGCGCCCGGCGUGGAGCGAUUCAUGACGCUGGACAAGGGCUGGGGCGUGCGCACGAAGCUGCCCAUUGCCAAGGGCACCUACAUUCUCGAGUACGUGGGCGAAGUGGUCACCGAGCGGGAGUUUAAGCAGCGCAUGGCCAGCAUCUAUCUCAAUGACACGCAUCACUAUUGCCUCCAUCUGGAUGGUGGCCUCGUCAUCGAUGGCCAGCGCAUGGGCAGCGACUGUCGCUUUGUGAACCACUCGUGCGAGCCCAACUGCGAGAUGCAGAAGUGGAGCGUCAACGGGCUGUCCCGCAUGGUGCUGUUUGCCAAGCGGCCCAUCGAGCAGGGCGAGGAGCUCACCUACGACUACAACUUCUCGCUCUUCAAUCCCUCCGAGGGCCAGCCUUGUCGCUGCAAUAUGCCCCAGUGCAGGGGCGUCAUUGGUGGCAAGUCGCAGAGAGUAAAGCCGCUGCCUGCCGUCGAGGCCAAGCCCGUGGAGAGUUGUCCAGGCCGCAACGGGCGCCAGCGGAAGCACAAGGCCAAGAAGCAUGCCCAGAGGCUGUCGGGCAAGGAGAGCCCAGCGGCAGUGGCCGUGGCCAAGGCCAAGAUGCAGCCACUCUCCGAGAAGGAGAAGAAGUUGGUCAAACAGUUCAAUGCGUUCCUAAUCCGAAACUUUGAGAAGAUUCGCAAAUUCAAAGCCAAGGUUGCGGCAGCAUCUGCUUCGCCCAGCCAUGCGGUGUCCAAUGGCGAUGGAUUGCCUGGAAGUCGACCCUCUACGCCAUCCUCCACCUGCCUGCUGGCCACCCAAAUCUCUGCACUCUGCACACAGAGGAAUAUGAAGACUCGUGGCCUCACCCAGGCCGUCCAGGAUCCAGAGCUGGAUAAGAUGGCCAAAAUGGCAGUGAUACUGAGAGACAUUUGCAACGCCGUGGAGGGCCUGAAGAUGUCCGAGCUGCUGAUGACUGUGUCCAGCAGUAAGAAAAAGAAGGCCAUCAAAAACUCAAAUGGAAAGACCCAUGGCUCAAGCAGCACUCCUGGAUCGGCUGCCCGCGUGGAGUUCAAGUUAAUUCAAGCCCACGUCGAGCAGGGACACUAUAAGACGCCCCUGGAGUAUGACUUGCAGAUGCUGCAACUCUUUGCUGAGGCCAAGCAGCAGCAUGGCGACGAUGAGGGCAAGUCCAAGGCGGUGCAAAAGCUGCUGGACUGCUACGAGCAACAGAAGAUGGCCUGCUACACACAACUGCUGGAGAUUCUGGGCGAUAUAGAGUCAUUGCAGAGCUUCAGGCCCAAGGAGGAGGCUGCACCUGUGGAGGAAACCCCAGAGCUGGUAGAAGUGGAUCCAGUAACAACUGUGGCAACUGUGCCCCUGCCUGCCAUCGAGGCCUCUUCCGAUGAGGAUGUUAUUCGCUGCAUUUGCGGCCUCUACAAGGACGAGGGUCUGAUGAUUCAGUGUGCCAAGUGCAUGGUCUGGCAGCAUACGGAGUGCACCAAGGCGGACAUCGAUGCGGACAACUACCAGUGCGAGCGAUGCGAGCCGCGGGAAGUGGAUCGUGAGAUACCCCUGGACGAAUACACCGAAGAGGGCCAUCGCUACUACCUCACCCUCAUGCGGGGCAAUCUGCAGGUGCGACAGGGCGACGCUGUGUACGUGCUGCGCGACAUACCCAUUAAGGAUGCGGCCGGCAACAUCCUGCCCAGCCAGAAGCACACCUACGAGACAAUUGGGGCCAUUGACUACCAGGAAUGUGACAUCUUUCGCGUGGAGCACUUGUGGAAGAAUGAUGAGGGCAAGCGCUUCAUUUUCGGCCAUCAUUUUCUGCGACCCCACGAGACCUUCCACGAGCCCUCGCGCCGCUUCUAUCCCAAUGAGGUCGUGCGCGUCUCCCUCUACGAAGUGGUGCCCAUUGAGCUGGUUAUUGGCCGCUGCUGGGUCUUGGAUCGCACCACAUUUUGCAAGGGCCGUCCCAUGGAGUGCCCCGACGAGGAUCAUUGUUUCAUCUGCGAGCUGCGAGUGGACAAGACGGCGAGAUUCUUUUCCAAAGCCAAGGCCAACCAUCCGGCCUGCACCAAGAGCUAUGCCUUCCGCAAGUUCCCCGAAAAGCUAAAGAUCUGCAAAAGCUAUGCGCCCCAUGAUGUGGAUCCCUCGUUGCUGAAAACGAAGAAGCAAAAGACUGAUUUAGAAGUAGGAGCUGUGUCCGCAACUAUGCACAAGACUUCAGGAAGACAGGAGCAGCAGCAGCAGCAGAAAGUAGGAGGCAGAAAGCAACGUGGGAGUAGUGCGGCAGCCGCAGAUGCAACGGGAGGAGCAACAAGCGUGCAUGUUAUAGCCCCAGUGGCGCCCAACGGACAGAUACUUGAGAAGAAGCGUUCGCGCUUGGAGAACGUUUUGAAGACCGUCAAAUUGAAGUGCAUGGAUGCACAGACGGCGCAGGAGCAGCCCAUUGAUUUGUCGUACCUGUGGUCCGGCCGUGGAGCCAGGCAGCGAAAAACAAACAACAACCAACAACACCAACAAACCAGCAGUAACUCGAACUCGGCUACGCCUAGCGCCUAGUUUGCGCUGUGGGUACAGCCAUGUACAUAUACAUAUGUUGUACAUGCUUAUAUUUAGAGGCAUUGCUUAAUAUUUAUGGAACAUACCUUAACAAAACAUAGAACCUAGCCAUGUACAUACACAACUUACACAUAAAUCGCAGCGGUGAUAGUAGUAAUUCUAGUUUUUAGACUGUUAUGAACAAAAUUCGUAAAGAGUGGGCCUUGGAGAAUGGCGAAAAUGGAACUUAUUAUGAAGAAUACUUUUAAUGAUGAAUAUUUUAAGAACUUAUUUAUAUAUCCUUGAAUUUACACAACCGCAUGAAGCCCAAUUUAGAUGAAUUUUCUAUGUUUUAAUUGUUUACUUCGCAUUUCCGUAUUAAUCUUGUUUUACGAAGCUUUUCCCUACACCACCCCAGUCCCGCCCAUUCCAAUCACCACACUCCUUGCAAUUUAAUGCGUUUGACUUUUGAA